AUGCCGCCCAGAGGGAAAACGCCUGCGGUCGCCCUCCCCGUCGAGGAUGCCUUGCUGGAACUCCCAGAGGGCAUGGAGGUUCAAGAUCCGCCAUUCAGCUUCGUGCUCGCCCACCUUGUGAGUCAUACCUUCCACGUUGAGGCUGAGGCUGAAGGGACUGAAGGCGAUGUCGGUGUACAAGACUUUGAUCCACUGGAGUCUUUGUCCAGGUACCAUGAAGGAGAUGCACCACAUACCUCCAAUGUUUUAUUGCUCACACGUGAUGAGUUGGAAGGCUUCGCGGAGGGUGGCACCUUUGCCGCUGGCAUGCGCCGCAAGGCGGAGGCUGAGUUUCUCUGUCGCCGGCGCAAGAAGGUGAAUGAGGCACGGCAGAAAGCCAUCGACGACGGAGGUUCCAUGGAAUCGGACGAUUCCGAGAUGGACUUGAUUGUGAUCGUCUCUGGUUAUCCUUCCACACCCGAAGAAGUGGAUGAGCUUGAAGAUGCAGGUCUCUUUGACUUGGCAGAUGCAUUUGUUUCCAUUCACCUGGCUGGUGAGACCUUGAUAGAUGAGCCAGAUGAGACCGGAGCUACGAGGAGAAUAGCCAAGAUGAUAGGUGCACCCCCAGCCAUCACUGCUCUGCGAGAAAAGGUGCUUGGCGCUGAAUCUGGCACGCCGCUGGCCUCAACCAUUGUGACUGAGCUCUAUAACUGUCAUGAGUGGGCACUUUCACAAGGUUUCGAAGUUAUAGACCCAUGCCGGGUGAUCGUGGGGGCGAUUUCCUUUGCUGCCCAACGACGCAUCAGCUACAAGGAAUGGUUGAGUGCCUUGCCGGAGGAUCGAGUGGUCAUCCCAUCGGUGGAUCCCAUCGAGCGCACCGACACGUCGGUCUAUGAGCGCCUGGUCGAAUCCACGGAUCCUGCACACCAUGAUGUGUCCUUUAUGUUGUACUGUCUCUGUGAACAGGUGAACCAGUCCUUGAAGGGGGACACGGCGGAAGUGCCAGCCGCAAGGCAGAAACCUUCUGCAGAGCAAAUGAAAGACUUGGCUGAAAAGGAACUGGCAAUGAUCGAGAAACUCUUGGACAACACAUGCGACGGACUGUUGCUUGGGCAGGACGACAAGAGUCACGAGGUAGUUGGAAGUCUGAUGGCGAUGGUGGAGCAAGAAGAGAUGGAAGCAGAGCGUGGAUCGAAAGAGGAGCGUCUCCAGUCCUUGAACGACCCCAUGGACUCUGGAGUUGUUUUGGCAAACCCACUCGGAGCAUCUGCAACCCAUUCACCUCGGAUGUUUAUCAUCCGAUUGCAACAUCCAAGCUUCGCAGAUACUAGAUCUUCCAUGACUUUCCAGUCAGUCCACACCAGAGUCACGUCCGCUAGAGGCCAUCGAAGCGCCUUAAUAUUGAAUCUUAGGGUUAUAUGGCUGGCGAAUGUUCUGCAUGUGCAUGGGGUUGCCUCUGCCAAACUGAUGAUUCUCCUUUCCAAUCCUACGGAUCUUUUGCCCAUUCCACGACCCAGGAGGAGGCUCCUCAGCAAGUGCCGCAGACUCCUAAUCCAGGCUUGGGCUCAUGUGCUCCCGAAGACCUGGACGAAGACCUGGUGA